UCUCAUUUCGACUUGACGAUGCCUCCUCAAGCCUCUGGUAAAGCUGUUAAAAAGGCCGGAAAGGCCCAAAAGGCUGUUCGUGCCGGUGAUAAGAAAAAACGCAAGAAGCGUAGGAAGGAAUCUUUCGCUAUUUACAUCUACAAAGUUUUGAAACAGGUGCAUCCUGAUACCGGUAUUUCCAGCAAAGCCAUGUCAAUCAUGAACUCUUUCGUGAAUGACAUUUUCGAACGUAUCGCAGCCGAAUCUUCCCGAUUAGCUCACUACAACAAGAGGAGCACAAUUACCAGUCGGGAAAUUCAAACAGCUGUGAGGCUUUUGUUGCCUGGUGAAUUGGCCAAGCACGCAGUUUCCGAAGGAACCAAAGCUGUCACCAAGUACACUAGCUCCAAGUAGAAAAAUGGAAUCCCUCGUUUAAAAAAAA